AUUCGCUGUGAUAGGGAAUACACAUGUAGUGGUUUACCUAUAUAUAGCAAAAAUUGAACCUUGAUAAUUUAUUUCGUUUUUAUCAGUUUAGUGCUUGUGUUCUCUGAUUUUCAUUUAUUCACACAUACGAGAAAAAUUUAUCAAUAUUGUCUACGCGUGGGCAUGGAUUUCAAUCUGGAUACAAAAAAGUAUAUAAAGACGGCUUUAGAAGAUCAAAAUUUUCGAAUUUAUAAAAUUACAUUAGUCGGAUCCGGCGAAAAAUCUGAUGGGUAUGCUUCAGAUAUUACUUUCGCUACAGUUUUGGCUACUACAGAGGAAGAUGUCGAGAAGACUAUUGAGGUAGUUGUUAAGAGCAGCAGGAGAGACUUCAUUCAAACUAACAGAAAUGCAUAUGAGAGAGAAGCAUAUUUCUACAAAACAAUUUUGCCUGCAUUCGCUAGAUUUCAAAAGAAAAAUAACAUAAAGCACAGAUUUAACUCUGUUCCGAAGUGUUACAAAACUGUGUCAGAUGAAAGUAUGGAAGUUAUCGUUAUGGAAAACUUGAGAAAAAAUGGAUACUAUUUGUAUGAUCGCAAAAAGCCACUGGAUAUUGACCAUCUUAAGUGUGUACUAAGGGAAUAUGGCAAAUUUCACGCCAUUUCUUUUGCGUUAAAAACUAAAAGUAAAGUUGAUUUUGAAAACUUAGUCAAUAACUUUGACGAUGUUACCUUAGACUUUUUUACUGAAUCCUUCAAAAAUUCAAUUAAUCGGUGUUUGAAAAGAACCUGUGAUAUCGUGAAGAGUAUGGGAUACACAAAGUUAUACGAAAUGUGCAAUGAGAUACUGCAAAAGGGUGCUGACGUUACUAUGAUUGACAUCUUGAAAACCGUGGAACCGGAGUCAGCUAUCCUUCAUGGAGACUGUUGGAAUAACAAUUUCUUAUAUAAAUAUAAGGUAAACAGUAUUUAG